GUCGACGUAGAAAACAAACAGGAAGUCACGAAAGGAUAGUGUUUUCUUUUGCUGAAAAAGUUUGUCUUUUUCUUGCAAGUAAUCUUUCAACCCAAUUUAAAAUUUCAAAAUGGGGAAGCGGCAGCACCAAAAAGACAAAAUGUACAUCACUUGUACAGAAUACACAAACUUUUAUGGAGGGAAGCGAGCAGAGAUCCCACAGUCAAACUUCAGACGACUUCCUUUUGAUCACUGCAGCCUUUCUCUUCAGCCGUUUGAGUAUCCUGUCUGUACUGAGGAGGGAGUUGUCUUCGACCUGUUGAGCAUCGUUCCAUGGAUCAAGAGGUAUGGGACGAACCCCACCUCUGGGGAGAAACUGGAAGCUAAGUCCCUCAUCAAACUUAACUUCAUCAAGAACAACGAUGGAAAGUAUCACUGCCCUGUUCUGUACAACGUCUUCACGAAUAACUCUCACAUCGUUGCCAACAAGGUCACAGGCAAUGUGUUUUCUUAUGAGGCUGUGGAGCAGCUCAACAUUAAGACCAAAAGUUUUAAAGAUCUGCUGACUGAUGAGCCCUUCACCAGAAAAGACAUAAUAACGCUUCAAGAUCCCACAAACCUGGAUAAGUUCAAUGUGUCCAACUUCUUCCAUGUCAAAAACAACCUGAAAGUGUUGGACCCGGAUGAGGAAAAGGCCAAACAGGACCCAGCAUACCACCUGAAAAGCACCAAUCUGGAGACAAGGGAGACUUUAGCUGAACUGUACAAAGACUACAAGGGAGAUCAGCUCCUAGCUUCUACUAUGAAGGAACCAGAGGCGAAGAAGACAGACAAAUUAAACGCUGCCCACUAUUCGACAGGCAGAGUAUCAGCCUCCUUCACAUCCACAGCGAUGACUCCUGCAACAACACACGAAGCAGAUGCCAUUGCAGACGACACUGUGCGAUACCAGUACGUGAAGAAAAAAGGCUAUGUCCGUCUGCACACAAACAAAGGAGACCUGAAUGUGGAAUUACACUGUGACAAGGUUCCCAAAGCUGGAGAGAAUUUCAUUCGUUUGUGUAAGAAAAGCUACUACGAUGGGACAAUCUUCCACAGGUCCAUCCGAAAUUUUAUGAUUCAAGGAGGGGACCCCACUGGCACCGGCACAGGAGGGGAAUCCUUCUGGGGAAAACCUUUCAAGGAUGAGUUUCGGCCUAACCUGUCCCACACGGGCCGGGGGGUUCUCAGCAUGGCCAACUCCGGUCCAAAUACCAACAAGUCCCAGUUCUUCAUCACAUUCAGGUCAUGCACCUACCUGGACAGGAAGCACACAGUGUUUGGAAGGGUUGUUGGUGGAUUCGAGGCACUGACAGCCAUGGAGAAUGUGGAGAGUGAUCCCAAAACAGACAAGCCAAAGUCGGAGAUCAAGAUCAUAAGUACAACUGUGUUUGUGGACCCAUAUGAAGAGGCUGAUGCUCAGAUUGCUGCGGAGAGAGAGAAGGAGCUACAAAAGCAAGAGGAGGAGAGGCAGCAGAACAACGCCACCCUAAAGAAAGCUAAAGAGGAGGUGCCAAAGACCUUCAAAGCAGGCGUGGGGAAAUACAUCAACCCUGCCACCAUAAAACGUCCGGCCGCAGAAGAUGAAAGCGGGCCAUCCACCAGUGGGCUGUCCACCAGCGGAUCAAUGGCUAAGAAGUCCAAAGGAAAAACCACCUUUGGAGACUUUAGUUCCUGGUAGUAACAACACAUCUCAGUCUUACCUUUGUUUUGUAUCUUAGUUGUUCCAUCAUUUUGUGUCAUGGCAUGAUGAAUUAAAUGUUCUUUUUAAAAAAUUAA